AUGGGUUCUUUAGCACAGUUGGCGACAGACUCUGAUGACAUAGCAGUCAUUGGACUCUCAUGUCGGUUUCCUGGAGGGGCCUCAACGACAGACAAGUUCUGGAACCUAUUGUACAAUUCAGAAUCUGCCUACACCGAAGUUCCCAAGUCGCGGUUCAAUGUGGAUGCAUUCUAUCAUGCAGGGGACAAACUGGGCACCCUUCGAUGUCGCGGAGGCCACUUCCUUGACGGAGACAUAUCGGCCUUUGAUGCUCCAUUCUUCAACAUAACAGCACAGGAUGCAAAGGCCAUGGACCCGACAGCGAGGAUGUUGCUCGAGGUUACUUACGAGGCCUUGGAAAAUGCCGGACUACGACUUCACGACCUGGCAGGCAGUGAUACAGGAUGCUAUAUUGGCUGCUUCACUAGGGAUUGGCAUGAGCAACAGAUAAAGGACAGCGAAACUGCUCCCAUGUACGCUGGCACUGGAACUGGAUUCUCUCUACUCUCCAACCGUGUGAGCUGGGCAUACGACCUUCGCGGACCCAGCAUCACUCUGGACACUGCGUGUUCUUCUAGCUUGGUCGGUUUGCAUCUGGCAUGCCAAAGCCUCAAAUCGAAAGAAUCCAAGCUCGCCAUAGUGUGCGGCGCCAACCUCAUCCUUAGCCCGGACUUGGCAAUUUUUCUCUCGAAUCUUCACAUGUUGUCCAAAGAAGGCUUGUCCCGGUCCUUUGCUGCUGGUACGUCCGGAUAUGGCCGAGGAGAAGGCAUAGCCACCCUCAUUCUCAAACCUCUGGCAGAUGCUGUACGUGAUGGCGACCCAAUUCGAGCUGUCAUCAGAGGGACGGGCGUCAACCAAGAUGGGCACACCACAGGAAUUACGGUGCCUAACAGUGACGCUCAGGCUGACCUCAUCUUGAGCACGUACUCGGCUGCAAAAUUAGAUCUUUCCGAAACCGCAUAUUUCGAAGCUCAUGGCACUGGCACAGCAGUUGGCGAUCCGCUUGAACUGGCUGCAGUUGCUCGAACAUUGGGCAAAGCCAGGAAGCAGGAUAAUAUAGUGGUUGGAUCUGUGAAAUCGAACAUCGGCCACCUUGAAGGAGCAGCUGGUCUCGCGGGCGUCAUCAAGUGUAUCUUGAUGCUGGAAAGGGGCACGAUAUUACCCAAUAUUCAUUUUGAUCAGCCAAAUAGGCGCAUUCCAUUCGACGACUGGAAGAUAACUGUACCUACGUCGGCGCUUCCCUGGCCACAGCAUCUUUCAAAGCGAACGAGUGUCAACUCAUUUGGCUAUGGCGGUACGAAUGCCCACGCCAUAAUUGAUAAUGCAGAAGACUUUCUCCGUUCUCAGGGUUGGCAUGAGAUCUCGCAGGGAUCUGGCAAAGAAUUUCCACGUAAACGCCUUUUCGUGGUCAGCGCACCAACAGAUGCUGGACUGGACAGGCUACGCAAGCAAUUUUGCGAGUACCUCGACUCGAUCAAAGCCGAUGCAGAAUUAGCUUACAUGACUCGGUUGGCCUAUACUCUUAGCCAUCGCCGGACCCGCUUUGACUGGAAAGCUCACGUUGUUGCUUCGACCUUGAAAGAGCUCCGGGAACAACUUUCGGCUCCCUCAAUUUCCGCUUCACGUUCAAGCGCCACCCCGCCUGCUUUGGCAUUUGUUUUCACCGGUCAAGGCGCACAAUGGGCACGCAUGGGUGUGGAGUUGAUGCAGCUGCCGACCUUUAAAGCGAGUAUAUUUGACGCUCAGGCGUAUCUGACAUCGAUUGGCUGCGACUGGUCACUAAUUCACGAGCUUGAACAGAGCCAGUCAAGCAGCAAUAUCCAACUCGCCAAAUUUAGUCAACCAAUCUGUACGAUUCUUCAGGUUGCACUGGUUGACCUACUUCGACACUGGGGUAUCUUUCCUGGCGUUGUUCUCGGCCAUUCUAGUGGCGAAAUAGCAGCCGCAUAUGCCUACGGAGCUCUCACCUGUGAAGAUGCGUGGCUAAUCUCGUAUUGGCGUGGCAAGCUCUGCUCUGAACUUAGCAACACUGCUCCGGAACUCAAGGGCUCCAUGGCUGCAGCAGGUCUGUCGCAAGCAGAGGCCUUAGAACAUAUUUCUCGCAUAGACCCAGCCCACGGGAGACUGGUCGUGGCGUGCAUCAAUUCUCCAACCUCGGUAACCAUUUCUGGUGAUGAAAGUGCCAUGGAUGUCUUGGGUAAGAAAUUGAAGGAGGCUUCGAUUUUCUUCAGAAAGCUCAAAGUCGAAAACGCCUACCAUUCACACCAUAUGCAACGGAUAGCUGCUCAAUACCUAGAGAAAAUAUCUGGCCUGCAACCCAAAUCGACACCGAGUCAGGGCGUGACAAUGGCCUCGAGUGUGACCGGGCAACGGGUGCCGCCAGGGGACCUUGGGCCCGAAUAUUGGGUUAGGAAUCUCGUCUCACCAGUGCUUUUCCUCGACGCUGUACAGACAUUGUUCACAGCUUCUAAUGAGAGGCGGCGACGCGCACGCACCACGCACUCAACGAACAUCAAUAUCACUGUCGAGAUUGGUCCACACAGCGCUUUGAAAGGACCUCUGCGCCAAAUCCUCCAGGCCCAGGAUAUCUCUGGUGUCGACUAUGUCUCUGUGCUCACUCGUGGAGAUGACGGAUUGCAGUCAGCUCUUGAUGCCGCAGGAGCGCUGUAUGACAAGGGCGUCCCGGUAGAUCUGCUCCAUGUGAAUGACAUCGUAUCAAAACCAAAGGUUCUCACCGACUUACCACCCUAUCCCUGGAAUCAUACACUGAAAUAUUGGUCAGAGUCGAGACUGUCUCGAAAUUACCGAAAUCGGCAGAACCCAUAUCACGAUCUCAUUGGAACUGUAACGACGGGAUACAACACGCUCGCGCCGACAUGGAGAAACAUCUUGAAGACUUCGGAGAAACCUUGGCUGAGGGAUCAUGUUGUGCAAGAUACGAUCCUCUAUCCCGCCGCCGGCAUUUUGGUCAUGCCCAUUGAGGCAAUGCGCCAGCUUGCAGACCCAAGCAGGCAGAUCGACAAUAUUCAGUUAAAGGACGUGAGGAUAGGCAAGGCUGUCGUCGUGCCUGAUGAUUCUACUGGAGUCGAGGUUACGCUUCAACUGCACCGCCAGAAGGCCGCCAACUCUUCAUUGUACCAGAACGAAUGGUGGUCGUUCACAGUUGCCAGCUGCACUCCAGAUCAAGAACCAGAAGAGAAUGCAUUUGGCAUGGUGAGUGUCAGGUACACAUCAGACAACGUCACAUCCUGGCCUGCAACGCAACAGGCAAAGAAGAUGCUUGAAUCGGAAUAUCGCGCGUCAUGUGCCCAAUGCACUCAUCACGUGGGACCGGAGGACUUCUACAAGACGACCCAGCAAGCGGGUCUUAACUAUGGGCCAGCAUUUCAAGGCCUCACACAGAUUUGUACUAGUAAGCGACGAUGCCACUGUAUCAUUGCUAUUCCUGAUACCAAGGCAAUUAUGCCCGAAGGCAUUGAGAGCGAGCACUUGAUCCACCCGACUACACUCGACAUUAUCUUCCAUUCUCUCUUCGCCGCAUUGGGCGACGAUAGAUCUCUCAACCUUCAGACAGCUGCGGUACCCGUGUCGUUUGAGCAGUUGACCAUCGCAGUCGCCAGCCUACCUUCUGGCGCCGGAGCGACGUAUCACGGAUUUUGUACCGCACGGAGGGAUGGCCCGCGAGAGAUUGUGGCCGACAUAUGUUACUCCGAUCAACAGUGGGAUGGGCCCAAAGUUCACAUUCAAGGAAUUCGAUGUCGAGAAUUACCACGUUUGAGCUCGACUGCUUCUGCUGACUCACUAAAAGCUCCCCUCGGCACGUUGGAGUGGAAGCCUGAUAUCUCACUCGCUGGGAGCGGUGCUUUGGACGGCAUUCUGAGCAAAACCGCCACGUUUCAAGAGGGUCUGACCAAGGCGAACUGGAUAUCCACUAACAAUCAAUUUGUCCAGAUUAUGGAACUGACUAUACACAAGAACCCAAAACCGUCGAUCUUGCAGCUCAGAGGAGUUUUGCCCUCUUCUAAUCAUUUGGUUCCACUUCUCACGGACACUCAUAACAUAGGAGAAACCUACUUUGAACGAUUCGCGUAUGUAGACUCCGACCCGCAAAGCUUGCACGAAGCGAGGCUGGCCUUGGAACCGUGGAAAUCCAAAGCUUCAUGCAUCGAGGUCCCUGAUGGUGCAGAGUUGCCAGGCGAAGUCCUUCCAACAAAAUCAUUCAACGCUGUCAUCGUGUGGCCAAAGGCUGGAUCAAGAGCUACAGGGGAGCAGGAGAAGUCGAAGCUGAAAACACUUCUUCAGGAAGGAGGCCUUCUCAUAUGCCUCAACCCAGGAGUGGCUGUAAGGACUAAGUAUGUAUCAUUUGCGUUGCAUAUGUCCCUGCAAUCUAACGUGGAUAGCGACGGUGAUGCAGGGCUCGCACGUACUGAAGGGCUCACCCUCUUAGGCCACACGAUAUAUCAAGACGAGACCACCAGCUUGACAUUGACCGUGGAAUUGAGAUCAAGCGAAAUAAUACCACCGGAAGGCGUAUGUAUCAUUGAGCCCGUAACGACGUCGAAGCGCACCGAAGCACUGUCUCAGGCUUUGGAUCUCCAGCUCUCAGAAUGCGGUCUGCCGGCAGUGAGGUACAAAUGGCCUAUCGAGUCCGCUCAGAUAGCUCGCAAACCCAUCAUCUCUCUGCUCGAGGCUGAAGAUGCCUUUUUGACCGAGUGUUCAUCGGCAGAUUUUGGCGCCAUUAAGGGGCUCACCUUGCACUGUGGCUCGUUGCUCUGGAUAUCUGGAGGAGGUUUUCCAGUGGCUGGGGCCCCUAUGGGUUUCAUGCGGGUCAUCAAGAAUGAAAAUCCUAACCUUGAUCUCCGAUACCUGGCCUUGGAAGACUACAUGACAACAUCAGAUCUCGGGCAAUUAGCAGCGAAUAUACUACGGGUGGCUUUCCGGCCUACUGUUGACAGAGAAUUCAAAUUGAUUGCCGACCAGAUCCACAUCAGUCGUUGGACGGAAGACGAAAAACUGGGGCAGAUGAUUAAGGAUAAAAUUCAGUCCCCAACCACCAUGUUAUUGGCAAAAGGUGUUCCGUCUUUACAGCUACACCGAUCGGUGGCAGGGAGCGCAAGCUACUUCACUGCGACAGCAACCGAUAUCGCAGAUCGCGUCCUGGCUGCUGACCAGAUUGAGGUAGAGGUCAAAGCUUUCAAGCUCAGUGACACCGAGAGCUCUGCGAAGGAAUUCAGUGGCACUGUCAAGACUGUUGGAAGUUCGACGAGUCGUCUCCGUGUUGGUGAUCGCGUGUUUGGUUGCCAGGUAGGGCCAUACAGAACUACUUAUAAGAUCUCCGAAAGCCUCUGCCACACGAUCCCAGAACAAGUCACUUUUGAGGACGCAGCAACGUGGGCGAUCACUCUUGGAACAGCUCAUAAGAGUAUCUUCAGCACGGCUCAGAUCCGACAACACCACAAAGUCCUCGUCCAGGGGGCAACAUUGGUUGGCGUAGCCGCUAUCCAGCUAGCCAAAGGUCUCGGAGCUGAUGUCCACUUGUCUGUCAAGAAUAACUCAGAGCGACAGCUGGGAAAUGCGUAUGGUAUUCCAGAUCAUCAGAUUUUCCAUGAGGAGGAUCCAAAUCUGCAGGUGAACCUGAUGGCUAUUACAGACAAGGCCGGCUUCGACACAAUCUUGGUCACGUCCGCGAACGGUGAGGAUCUGGCCACACUUUGGAAGUGUGUCACUGAUGGUGGUCAUCUCAUCAACACCGUCGGUGGCUUCGUCACUGGUGCUUUGGAUCUGGCGCCAUUCCAGAAGGGUUGUCAUUAUUCACAGAUCGACACGAUUCAUGAUCUUGAGACCAAUCCAAAAUUGGUGGCUGAUACGUUGAAGAACCUGUCAAUUUUCGUAAAGACGCAGUCAGUCGUGGUAAAGCCACAUCUAGAGGUGUUUUCAGCGGCCAAGGUUGCGGAUGCCUUGGCAUACGUCCAAGAGCAAGAUGGUCCACAUGAGGCUAUUAUCACGAUCAGCAACAGUGAUGAGAUUCCAGUGAGCCCUGACGCCAAAUCACCUCUGAGACUGAAAGGUGAUGCAACAUAUGUGAUCACCGGCGGCACAGGUGGCCUUGGACGUAGCCUUGCCCGGCUUCUGUUCUACCAUGGUGCCAGAAACCUGGUUUUUAUAUCUCGUUCAGGGCUUAAGUCAGGAAAUGCACAGACUCUCGUCGAUGAGAUGACCGCUCUGGGGAUAUCGGUCCGCGUGUAUGCGGGUGAUGUCUCGGACGCCGAUCGCAUGAAAGAGAUAGUGGCCUCAUGUUCUUCGGAACUCCCACAGAUUCGAGGAGUGAUCCAGUCUGCGGCGGUGCUGAACGAUGCUAUCUAUGAAAACCUGACUUACGAGUCGUGGCGUGAAGCCAUCAAGCCCAAAGUCCAUGGUUCUUGGCUUCUCCAUCAGCUCCUCCCCCGCGACAUGGACUUCUUUGUCAUGCUGAGUUCGAUUGCGGGUGUGGUUGGUAACCGAAGCCAGGCCGCUUAUGCGACUGGAAACACAUACCAAGAUGCAUUGGCGAAAUACCGUCGAGAUUUGGGCCUCCCUGCUGUUUCCAUUGAUCUCGGUCUCAUGACUGGAAUUGGAUUAAUUGCCGAAAGAGGGGGCUUCACCAACCUUCGCAAAUCCGAAGCUGUUGCUCUGAAUGAAACCGAGCUCCACAGUAUUGUCCGAUCGGCCAUAGUGGGAUUCUAUGGUGACUCGAAAGUUCCACCACAGCUUGUAACAGGACUUCCUAGCGGCGGGAUUCUGCAUCGACAAGGACUUGAUUCCCCCUUCUACUACGAUGAUCCACGCUUCGCAUUCCUUGAAAAGCUAGGGCUGGACCAAGCUAUCGUUGAAAUGGGAGGGACACCCGAAGGAUCAGAUACAAAAUCAACCCUUUCAUCUCUCCUUGAGAAGGCAAAGACCCUAGCGGAGGCAACGAAUAUUAUAACCGCUGCCAUAUGUGCUCAGCUGGCCAAAGGCUUACAAACCACAACGGAGAAUAUUGAUCCAGAAAAGACGAUCCAUUCGUAUGGUGUGGACUCAUUGAUGGCUGUGGAGAUUCGAGGCUGGAUUCUGCAGCAGAUCAAGGCUGAUAUUUCCUUGUUCGAAGUGUUAAGUGGACAGAGCAUCUCGACACUGGCAGCUAAGGUCAGUUCGGCUUCAAAGCUGGUUCCCGCAGGUCUGGAGUGA